GCCAAUUCCACACUGCAGCUCUGGAGGCUUUCAGUGUGGUCGAGUUACCCUACUUGGGGGAGAAACUCAGCAUGUUCCUAGUGCUUCCCAGCCACAAAAGAACAUCUUUGUCCCAGAUUGAGUCUCACCUUUCUGCCAGAACCAUAACCCUCUGGGCCAACAGCCUAAAGAGAAUGAAGAUGGACAUUUUUCUACCUAGGUUCAGCAUUCAAAGCCUUUUUGACCUAAAGACAGUUUUUUCUGCCUUGGGAAUUAGAGACGCAUUUGAUCCCAUCACUGCUAAUUUUAAAGGUAUUUCAGAGCAAAAUAGUCUUUAUAUUUCAGAAGCUAUUCACAAAGCAGAGAUUGAAGUAACAGAAGAUGGUACGAAGGCAUCAGGGGCUACAGCAAUGGUAUUACUAAAAAGAUCUCGAACGCCUAUUUUCAAAGCAGACAGACCUUUCACAUUUUUUCUGAGACAAGCUAAUACAGGUUCAGUGCUCUUUAUAGGACGAGUUACAAAUCCUUCAUAA